CAUACGCCAAACGGCGGAUAUCUCAUCCAUUGCCGGGGCUAUAGUGACGCCAGCGUCUAGUGAUUCGUAAAACACGUUCUAUUCAUACCAACCCCGCGGCGGCCUGAGGCGCCCCUCCACUCCAAUACAGGAAUUCGCAUGAUUAUUUACGCAUACCCCGCGGUUAUUGCGCGAUCUAGAACGGAUAAUCGGAAAGAAGUUCGGGUCUCUGGGGGUAUAUCUGGGGGAGUGGUCCCAGUCUGGACUUCCGCACCUGAAUCGAGAGGAAUAACUUGUCCAUUGGGAACAAUCGGGAACACUGACACAAUAUGGCUCCUUCGUUGACUGAGACUACGACCUCCCUGUUGCGUUCUGCGCCUGUCGCGACUCUCAAGACCGAUGGUGGUUUUAAUAAGGAGAACGUCAUCGGCUACGGGGACGCAUACAAACACGAAAACGAAAUUCAGGGCACGGCGAAGCAGCCUCCUGCUAAAUAUCCCCACUACCUUCCUGUAUGGGACAAUGAGACAGAAAGAUACCCACAGCUUGAACCCUUCGAGCACUAUGACCACGGAAAGGACGCCGAUCCAAGCUUUCCGGACCUCUUUCCCAAGGACAAAGCCGUCAUUGACGAACUAAGCCCGGCAAUCGGUAGCGAGGUACAUGGUGUCCAGCUGAGCCAACUGACCAAGGAAGGCAAAGACCAGCUAGCGCUCUAUGUGGCCCAGAGGAAGGUUGUCGCCUUCCGCGACCAGGACUUUGCGUCCAUCCCUAUCGAGAAGGCUCUGGAAUUCGGUCGCUACUUUGGUCCACAACAUAUUCAUCAAACGUCUGGUGCCCCCAAGGGCUUCCCAGAAAUCCACCUGGUGCACCGAGGCGCCGACGACCAAACGGGACAGAAGUUGUUGUCGGCACGCACCAACUCGAUCACCUGGCACUCCGAUGUGACUUUCGAAAGGCAGCCGCCAGGCACAACCUUCCUAUAUCUGCUGGACGGCCCGACCACUGGCGGUGACACGCUCUUCGCCAACACGGCCAAGGCCUACCGUCGGCUGUCGCCCGAGUUCCGGAAGAGACUGCACGGCCUGCGCGCAGUGCAUUCGGGUUUCGAACAGGCCAAUAACAGUCUGAACAAUGGCGGCAUCUCCCGUCGUGAUCCCAUCACCACUGAGCAUCCGAUUGUGCGAACUCACCCUGUAACUGGCGAGAAAGCGAUCUACGUCAACCCCCAGUUCACCCGCUACAUCGUCGGUUACAAGAAGGAAGAAUCCGACUUCCUCCUCAAGUUCCUCUACGACCAUAUUGCCCUGUCGCAAGAUCUGCAAACCCGCAUCCGCUGGAGACCUAACACUGUCGUUGUCUGGGAUAACCGAGUAGCGGCCCACAGCGCCCUCUUCGACUGGGAAGACGGCCAAAGACGCCAUCUGGCACGUGUCACGCCCCAGGCUGAAGCUCCGUAUGAGACGCCCUUUGAGGGCUAAUAAGCAACCUCGAUGAUAUUACAGUUGUAACGGUUUUACGAUGAUGUGAGAAUGUGUCAAUUUAUGCUUGAUUUGGAAUCCGAA